ACCCUUUUCUCUCUUUGUUUUUUCUCUUAUUGCUGUAAGUUCUCUUGAAACCAGACAGACAGAGAUGACGAGGGAAAGAAACAAACAGGCCAGCUCUCUGCUCAUGUGGGCUUUGUUUGCUGGGUUGCUUUCUCACAACUUGCUCAUUCCUGUCAUGUCUACUACAACUAUUGUUGAAGAUCAAAAGAACUACUACACUACUCCAGACCCAGGAAGUGGAACUCCCCCCACAAGUUCACACACUAGUCCACCACAUGGAACUCCGCCUUCACCUAGCUCAGGAGGGAGCUACACACCGCCCUCUCAUCCAACCCCAUCACAUGGUGGCUAUGGCAGCACACCACCCCCCUCAGGCGGAGGCAACUGCGGAACACCGCCAAGUGGAGGACAUCAUCACGACCCUACUCCAACCCCUCCUAGUGGUGGUGGGUACUACAACUCUCCUCCAACUUCCGGUGGCAGUGUUCCUCCAACCAUUGUCACCCCACCAUCCAUUCUCACCCCACCACCUACUCCAUUCUUUGACCCAGGCACUCGGACUCCUCCCGGUAUCUCACCACCGACGCCUCCAUUUGACCCAAAUUCGCCGCCCUUUACAUGCAAUUAUUGGAGAACUCACCCGGGAUUGAUAUGGGGUAUCUUGGGCUGGUGGGGAACUUUGGGCAGCGCAUUUGGCAUGCCUAGCAUUCCAGGGUUGGGCAAUAAUAUGAGCUUGCAGCAAGCGCUUUCAAACACUCGUACUGAUGGGUUUGGAGCACUCUACCGCGAAGGGACGGCUUCCUUGCUAAACUCCAUGGUGAACAAGAGGUUCCCUUUCACAACCAAGCAAGUCAGGGAAAAUUUUGUCACAGCAGUCAGCUCGAACAAGGCUGCAGCGGCUCAGGCACAACUCUUCAAGCUGGCAAACGAAGGCAGACUCAAGCCCAGAGCCUGAAAACCAAAGUUAACUCUUCAGCAUCUAGCCAUUUUCAGUUUGUGUUUUCAAUGCAUUUUCUUAGGUGGUGCAUGUUACCUUGGAUGGAGAUUUAUAUGCGUUCUUAGUUUCCUAUGAUGUUACAGAUUUUAAGAUGGAUACCAACUUUAUGUUUUCCUAGUUAUAAAUAAGAUUAGUGUGGUUUGGUUUCA